UGUUGGCUGCGACCUGCUGACCGGAAGGCCUGCUUCCGACCUGGGUCGCCGAGGAUCAAGGCCUUCGCUGGCGGCGCUAUGCGGCCCGAGCGGGCAGCGUUGUGGUACCGGCGGAUGUCAGUGGUCUACGCAUUUGGCGCCUGGUCCGCGUUGGGCGCCGUGUAUUACCUCAGCCGGAAGAAGAGCGAGCCGCCAGGUGACAAAGUAGAGCGAAAGGAUGUCUCAACAAAUGAAAUAACUGAGCCCCCCAAAGGGUUUUAUGUGGAAACGGUUGUCACAUAUAAAGAAGAUUUUGUUCCAAUUACUGACAAGAUCCUUAACUAUUUGAAAUCAUGGACUGGUGGCCCUGGUCCAGAAUCGUGAUUGACUGCUGAAUUCUGGAAACCAGGACUUUGGUUCAGCAUUUAAAUUUGAUAGAUGCCUUGAUUUCCAUUUUAUGUUUGUGACAAGUGUGCACAUUUAAUUUAAUUUUACUGUAAAAUAUAAUCACCAAUAAAAUGUAAUAUAUAUUUACUUGGUGAUAACUAAA